AUGGAGAUUAUUACUUCAACAAGUUCCGGUGCCCAUUUGCUUCUCCUUUCAAGUAAUCGUACAACAAAUACAAUACGGGCCAACAGUACACCGCCAAAAGCUUCGUCAUCUCCAUUACCGCCUUCAGAAAAUAUCAAGGACAAAAUCGAAAUAAGAGUGUGUACAAAUAGGACAUGCAGAAAGCAAGGGUCUCUGGACGUUUUUCAACUCCUUACCGGCAUAUCCCCGCCGUCCGUCACCGUCAAAUCCUGUGGGUGCCUCGCCCGUUGCGGGUCGGGUCCCAAUAUCGUAAUCCUGCCGGAGGGUGUACUCGUGGGGCAUUGUGGGACGCCCAGAAAGGCUGCUGAGGUGAUGGCGGCCGUCUGUGGGAUUGAGGACGAAGGAGACGUGGCCACCAAGUGUUUGGAAGCAUUGGCUUUGAGGAAGAUAGCUGAAGAUGAAGCGGGCCGAGCUGAUUUUGCAAAGGCUUGUGAUUUACUCUCCCAGGCUAUCCAUCUGAAACCAUUUGGGGGUCUCCAUAUACUGUACAAGGACAGGUCUGCAGCAAGAUUGGCAAUGGGAGACAUUAAUGGAGCACUUGAAGAUUCUAAAGAGGCUAUGAACCUUGCACCUCACUACCCUGAGGCUUAUCUUUGUGAGGGUGAUGUAUUUUUCGCCAUGGAACAAUUUGAUGGAGCUGAGGAAUCCUUCUCAAUUGCUUUGGACUUAGAUCCAUCUAUUCGCCGUUCAAAAUCAUUCAAGACCCGGAUUGCAAAGCUUCGUGAGAAACUAGCUCCUGCCAGCAUGUCUUGA